CUUCGGCCUCGUGCCUUCUCACACGGCUGGAGGUGUAUGGUUAUUCCCUGUUGUGUGUUAAUGCUUACAUACAUAGAUCCAGAUUGUUUGAAUGAGUGGGCCUUUGACUAUGUCUUGUCUUCUCAGAUCAUUUGGAUUCCACUGAUCCCCAGGUUCUGGACUAUAUGCUGGUUCCUCACCGGAACUUCAACCUGAUCAAUGAGAUCCGAGACUCCGACAUAUUCGCCGUCACUUAUCCCAAGUCAGGGACGAUCUGGAUGCAGCAGAUUCUGACUCCGAUAGAAGCCAAAGGUGAUGUCACUCCAAACACAGAGCAUCUCAACGCGCAGCGCGUCCCAUGGAUCGAGCUGAUUGGCAGUGAGAAGGAGUUUAACGCCACCCCUUCCACCAGGCUAUGGGUCACCCACCUGCAGUACAAGUUCAUGCCGCUCGCCGUCAGACAAAAGAGGGGAAAGGUGAUCUAUGUGGCCAGAAACCCUAAGGAUGUUCUCGUGUCCUAUUACCACUUCCACAAAUAUGCAGCCAUGCUGGAGAUGCCGAAGGACUUCAAUGAUUUCUUUGAGAAAUUCAUGGAAGGGAAAGUUUUUGGGAACUGUUGGUUUGAGCACAUCAAGACGUGGUACGCUAAUAGAGACAACAUGAACUUCCUCUACAUCACAUAUGAAGAGAUGAUCAAGGACCUGCGCUCCAUGGUGGAGAGGAUGUGCAGGUUUCUAGGGAAGGAUUUGAGAGAGGAGCAGAUGGCCAGUGUGGUGGAACACAGCACCCUUAGGACCAUGAAACAGAACCCACAGGCUAACUACAAGACAGUGCCCGACUCCCUGCUUGACCACAAGGGCACGUUUAUGAGGAAAGGAAUGCACGUCACACCUUUGUCUUGA